GUCUGAGCCCAGCAGCCCGUGUCAGGUCCCCAGAGGUCAGACCGCGGCGCUUUCUGUGUGUUUGUACAUCUCCCCUCCUCCCUUUUCUUCCCCCCUUUCCAUGAGUAUUUUGUCUCCUCCUCCCGUGCGUGCCCAUCUUUGCAUCCCCACUCUUCUCCCUCCCCUCCUCCGGAUCGAUCGCCGGCCGAGCUCUCCGAGGGGCCGGGCACUUAGCGGGGAACGAGGACGAGCCCUCCGUGUUUUGCCGAGUCAAGGGUAUCUCUUUGGAGCUCGGCGAGCUGCUGCUGGCGGGGAUGUGAUUGCAUAGCAACGCAGCAGCCGGGGCGCUGGAGGAGAGCAGCGGUGCUGAGCCUCAGCAUGCAUCCCUGUCACAGGGGCUCCUCUGCUGAUUCACACGCGCAGCCCCGCUGCCCCCGCGGCUCACACCUGGCGGACUCGGAAGGUGCUCCAUCCCCAUGACCAUCAGCUCUGAUGCAGCCCCUGGUGAUGCAGGAAUGGCUCCAUGUGCUCCCGCCAUGUCCUGAGUGGCACAUCCUGGAGCAGGCGCAGCCCAGCAGCCCUGCCCGCCCGCUGGCUCAGGUUGAAGCCUCACAGGAUGGUGCAGGACCUUCGUGUGUAACCCCGCGGGCUCCAAGCGGUGCUGCCGGGCCCCAGGCCCCUCUGGAGAUGAAUCUUUGCUGGAACGAGAUUAAAAAAAAAUCCCACAGCCUUCGGGCUCGGCUGGAGGCCUUCUCUGACCACAGUGGGAAGCUGCAGGUGCCUCUCCAGGAGAUCAUUGACUGGCUGGGGCAGAAGGAUGAGGAGCUGUCGGCACAGCUGCCCCUGCGGGGCGAUGUUCUCCUGGUGCAGCAGGAGAAGGAGACACACGCGGCUUUCAUGGAAGAAGUGAAGUCUCGGGGGCCAUACAUUUACUCUGUCCUGGAGUCAGCACAGGCUUUCCUUUCCCAGCACCCAUUUGAAGAAUUAGAAGAACCAACUUUGGAAAGCAAAGAUGUGUCUCCCCGGCACCGGAUCCAGAACAUCAGCCGCUUUGUCUGGAAGCAGGCCAACGUGGCCAGCGAGCUGUGGGAGAAGCUCACGGCCCGGUGCGUGGACCAGCACCGCCACAUCGAACGGACCCUGGAGCAGCUGCUGGAGAUUAAAGGGGCUAUGGAAGAGCUCAGCAUGACCCUGGACCAGGCUGAGAGCGUGCGGGAGACCUGGGAACCCAUCGGGGACCUCUUCAUUGACUCCUUGCCAGAGCACAUCCAGUCCACCAAGCUGUUCAAAGAGGAGCUCUCUCCCAUGAAGGAUGGGGUGAAAGUGGUCAAUGAUCUUGCACACCAGCUUGCCAUCUCAGAUGUCCACCUGUGCAUGGAGAAUUCCCGUACCCUGGAGCAGAUCAACACCCGCUGGAAACAGCUGCAGGCCUCCAUAAAUGAACGCCUGAAGCAGCUCCAAGAUGCCCACAGGGACUUCGGACCAGGCUCCCAGCACUUCCUCUCCUCCUCUGUCCAGGUCCCCUGGGAGCGAGCCAUUUCCCCCAACAAAGUGCCAUACUACAUCAACCACCAGGCCCAGACGACGUGCUGGGACCACCCGAAGAUGACAGAGUUGUACCAGACGCUGGCGGAUUUGAACAACAUCAAGUUCUCUGCGUAUCGGACGGCCAUGAAACUCCGGCGGGUGCAGAAAGCCCUUCGAUUGGACAUGGUCACCCUGGCCACGGCUCUGGAAAUCUUCAAUGAGCACAACCUGCAGCCCAGCGACCGGGCGAUGGACGUGGUGGAGGUGAUCCACUGCCUGACCGCCCUCUACGAGCGGCUGGAGGAGGAGCGGGGCAUCCUGGUCAACGUGCCCCUCUGCGUGGACAUGAGCCUCAACUGGCUGCUGAACGUCUUUGACAGCGGCCGCAGUGGGAAGAUGAGGGCUCUCUCCUUCAAGACGGGCAUUGCGUGUCUGUGCGGGACAGAGGUCAAGGAGAAGUUCCAGUAUCUCUUCAGCCAAGUGGCAAACGCCGGGGGCCUGUGUGACCAGCGGCACCUGGGCGUCCUGCUCCACGAGGCCAUCCAGGUCCCGCGCCAGCUGGGCGAGGUGGCGGCGUUUGGGGGCAGCAACGUGGAGCCCAGCAUCCGCAGCUGCUUCCGCUUUAGUAACGGGAAGUCUGCCAUUGAGGCAUCCCAGUUCCUGGAGUGGGCCAACCUGGAGCCGCAGUCCAUGGUGUGGCUGGCGGUGCUGCACCGGGUGGCCAUGGCCGAGCAGGUGAAGCACCAGACCAAGUGCUCCGUGUGCCGGCAGUGCCCCAUCAAGGGAUUCAGGUAUCGGAGCCUGAAGCAGUUCAAUGUGGAUAUCUGCCAGACCUGCUUCCUCACUGGGCGAGCCAGCAAGGGCAACAAGCUGCACUACCCCAUCAUGGAGUACUACACCCCGACCACAUCCAGUGAGAACAUGAGAGACUUUGCCACGACACUGAAGAACAAGUUUCGGUCCAAGCAGUACUUCAGCAAGCACCCACAGAGAGGUUACCUGCCCGUCCAGUCUGUGCUCGAGGCUGACUUCUCUGAGACCCCAGCCUCCUCCCCGAUGCUGCCGCAUGCCGACACGCACUCCCGGAUCGAGCACUUUGCCAGCAGGCUUGCAGAGAUGGAAAGCCAGAACUGUUCCUUCUUCAGUGAUAGCCUGUCUCCUGAUGACAGCCUGGAUGAGGACCAGUACCUGCUGCGCCACUCCAGCCCCAUCACAGACAGAGAGCCUGGGGGCAGCCAGCAGGUUCCAGGAGGCCUCAGCAUGGAUGACAAGGGAGAGCUGGAGAGAGUCCUGGCCCACUUAGAGGAUGAAAACAGGAUCCUCCAGGGAGAGCUGAGACGUUUGAAAUGGCAGCAUGAUGAGGCAGUGGAGUCCCCAAGCUUGGCCACAGGCUCUCCUGAAUCCGUGCAAGACCCACGUAACGAGGAGCUGCUGGCAGAAGCACGAAUCCUGCGGCAGCACAAGAGCCGCCUGGAGACACGGAUGCAGAUCCUGGAGGACCACAACAAGCAGCUGGAGUCCCAGCUGCUCAGGCUGAGGGAGCUGCUGCUGCAGCCUCCAGGAGAGUCAGAAGGCAAUGGUUCAGCAGCCUCCUCCUUGGCUUCAUCUCCACAUCAGUCAGAAGGCAGCCAGGCAAAGGAGAAAGAGCACAACACCCCUGACACUGAAACUGCAGAUGAGGUGGAAGCCAAAACCCAGGAAGUCAGCAUGUGCCUGGAAGACAUAAUGGAGAAGCUGCGGAGCGCCUUCCCCAGCUCCCGAGGUACUUGAGUGAAAUCCUCCUCGCUCGCUCCUUACUGCUCCCUCAGUGCUGCUGGGCUGGGUGCGUGGCCUGGGAACGGAGGAGGAGGAGGCUUCACACCUGCAAGGAGAGGCCAUCAGAGCUGCCAAGAGCACAGACCAAACGUUCCUGUGAUGAGCUGCAAGGCAGCCUCCUGCCCUGCUCAGGACCUGCACCCCAUGGGGCUCCCACUGUGAGGAUGCACAGACCUGCCAGCACCACCUGCAGCGAGCUUUGAGCCCCCUCCUGGCUUCAUCCCUGUCCAGACCCCUCUGCAGAAGAGGUCGAGGCCCCAGUAGCCUGUGAGAUGGAAGCAAUGGUGCAAGCUCUCCUGGCUGCUCAUGGACAGCUCUUUCCAUCAGGGAUGGAGACCUGGGGGAUGUGGAUGGCACUCCAUUCACUCAGUGGGUUUUGGUGUUGGUCAUUCUGCUCUUUCCCUCUGUGCUCCAGUGUAGGAGCAGCACUUGGUGUCUUGCUCAGGCUGCCAGAAGGAGGCAUUGCUUGGUGCCAGCACUAACAUGAGGUGAUGGUCUGCCCACGCAGACUUGUGCCCACUUUCUGCCAUCCCUGAGUGGGAUCCUCCUGGCUCUGCAGCAGCCCCCUUCUAACCAGGUGGCACCGGGACCUGUUUUCCUGACCUCUCUAUUUCUCUUUCAGGUAUGACCUCCCUUAUCUAACACCUCCUGUGAGCCAGAGGCUUUUCCUAACCAGCUACCUGGCUGCUUUCCUUCCCCUCUCUCCCUGCCAUGCACCCUGUGCUGCAGCAGACCUCACACAGUCUCCCUCCGAGCUGGUGGUGCAGGAUGCUUUCCAGCUCCAGAAGAUCUCAGGGGAACAUAGGUCAUGCAGGAGUGGGACUGUGGGCUCCCCAGGAGGCUGGUUUCAUCACUGGGCUGCAGUGUCCAGGCCUGGGUGGGAUGGUUCAGAAGAAAGAAUUGAAGCCAUGAAAACUGCCCGUCUCCCCUGGCACCCAUGGGCUGCUGCCUUGGCUUGUAGCUCUCGGGGGAUGCAGAGCUCAGCAUCCCACUCCUCAUUCAUGCCCAGAAGGCUCCAGGUCUGUGGGCACCAAAACACACGUGGAGGCACACAAUUUUUAAAAUAACUCUUUAUAACAGUAACCAGCUGACAGCCUUAUGGUUUGAACUCUGCCACCCAAGGCUCUGCAGCCAGCCAGGCACAUACCACCAGGAGAGAGUCUCUGAGGGUUAUGGAGUAGGGAUUGAGUCCAUGUUAGAGCUUCAGCCCAGCUAGUAGCCUUAUAUUGAGAGGGUCUUUAUAACAGAGCCUUAUUGUUUAAUUUGCAUAUAUUUCUAUAUAUUAUAUAUAUAUAUAUAUACUGUACUUAAAUACUCUCACGGACUCACUCUAUUAAACUCUAAUACCUUAAGUGUAGCUGCCCUUCACUUUCAGACCAGCCCAACUCCUGCUCCCAGGGGAACCAGCAGCUUCCCUGCUGCUGCUGUUGCCUUGCAGGGCUGCUGUGAGGGAGCUCAGUGAGGGCCGGACCCACAGCAGGUACUUCAUCCUGCCUGGUGUCCUGGGGCAGAGUCCUGCACAGGCCCAGCUCCUCGCCUGGGGAGCCUCAGCUCCUGCAGGGAGGGUUUCUCCAGCCCUGAGGCCACUUGGUCUGAUGGAAGUGCAUGGCAGAGUGGCAGGCAGCAGGACAGGCAGGGCACCUCCUGCUGCCCCAGCUUUGAGUGGGGCUGGGGCCCCUCCUUGGGAGCGGUCCCGUGGGGCAGUGCAGGGCGGCUGGGCAGCCCGGGGUGGUGGCUCGGGUGCCCAGGGUCCUGGGCUGGCUGUCUUGUGCCGUGGUAUGUCGAGAAAGGCAGAGUCAGGUGCUGCAGGGUAGCCCAGAGCAGGGGCUGACAUGGCCCUGGUGCUCUGGAGCCACGGGUUGGGGAGAGGUGAGAGGCUUGAGCCCUCGGGGCAGGGCAGGGCUGCACACCGGGGUGAAACAUCCGAUUUAACGGGGCUUGCAAGGACAGGGCCAGGGCUGCUGCUGCUGGCAGGGACAGGACACGGUGCUGAGCUGUCUGGGGAGGUGGUGACCAGGGCAACCCAGGGCUCUGGGCUGUUGGCAGAGGUGAGGAGCAGUGUCCACCCCAAGGACAAGGCGGUGUGAGCCCUCACAGCCAGGGCAUUCAGCAGGUGGUGCUCCAGUGGCUGCUGGCAGCAGCGUGGGUGGCUGUCCUUGCUGUCCCCUGUGCUGGCCAGGUGAGUGGCAGGAGUGCAGUGUGGUGGAAUUCGGGUGGCUUUGGCAUGCUGUGUCAGGCUGUGGGUGAGAGGGACCCUGGGCCAGCCUGUGAGACAGAGCUGGACCCCUCUGUUAUCCCAGGGGCAGGAUGGGAGCAGCAGAGUGAGGCUUGGCCUGAGAGUGUGCUCAGGAGCAUACAGCCUUGGGGGGCAGUGGAGGAAGAAGAAGGGCAGAAUUCUCUGGGACCAGAGCUGUUGGCCCCAGCGCCAGGUGGCAGAGCAGAGGUGGCCAGGUUGGAUGCUUGGGCUGUGUUUGGGAGCUAGGAUGUGCCAGGGAGGGGAGCAGGCUGGCUAAUGCGCUGGUAACUAUGUACUGUGGUGCUGCUGUCCUCACUGCUUUGUGGCAUCUCUGCUCUGGAAAGAGAAUAAAUUUGUAUUUAUACUGAUUCCUG